CUCGGACUGGACACUCGCGUCCGCAAUCGCAAUCAUCCCAUCUCGUCUCAACAAAAAGGCUUUCGCGGGCGGUGAAUUAGUCGUUACGCACAGUACGUGUGUCAUUUGGUUAAAAAUCCCUUUCGUUGACGGCAAAGCUUGGUAUCUUUGAGGCAGUAUUUCUGGGGCCGUUUUGCUCACCUGUUUUCUUUCUUCUCCCAUCUUUUUUUCUUUGCGUUUGCAACCACAAGAAAAUCGUCACUGGAAAAGCCUCCCUUUUGCAAGGCCCAUUCACUCUUCUACUAAAGCUUUACUUGUCUGGCGAUCGAUCUCUUUCUUCGAGCGGCAAGUAAAACGUUUUCCUACCUUGUCUUUGGCCGCCUUGUUUCUCUCGUGGGAGCACCUCGCGAAAAGAACUACCUCACCUUCACUUCAAUCAAGAAGGCAAGCAACAAUAAUGGAGGACAACAGCGACACCUCCCUCCCCAUCUCUAAGCUCGUCGUGGCUCGCGCCACAGCUUCAACCAUGGGUUCUGGCAUCGACCAGCCCCAAAACCUCAUCACUCCUCGCGCCGCGCUCACCACCUCCUCAGCAACCUCCCACAAGGCGCGCACCAUCGUCACUUCCACCAGCGUCUUUGUGACCAUCGAGACAGAGACCAUCACUUUCCACCAGGACGGCUCCGUCACUCACUCUUCUUCGCCGGUGCCGACCACCCUCGUCACUACCACAACCAUCACCACCAACACCGCUGCCUCUCCUACGCCCGAGGAGACAACUGGCUCCGCGGCUUCCAACGGCGGCACACAAGGCCCAAAGUCAGGGGUCAUUGCCGGCGCACUGGGCGGCACAAUCUUUGGUCUCUUGCUGAUUGCCAUUCUGGCCUUCUGUCUCUUCCGCCGCCGCCGCCUUGAACGGCAGGCACAAUUCUACUCCGCGCCGACCCGCUUCCCCGCCCACCGGGGCACCAAUUUUGUCCGUGGCAGCGACGGACGGGUUAACCGUCCCGAGAACAUACCGCUCGCCUCUCUCGGGAAGUCCAAGCAAACCAGGGGCGAACAGGACGAGACGGCAGACGGCACGGGUGGGGACGAAAGGGCUCCUGGCCAGAUGCGCAUCGAAGUCGUGCCGGCAGCUGAGGGGGAUAGGGGCCCGAGGUUGAGGACUGUUCGCAUUGCUCCUGCGUCUGCGCCUGCUCCUACGCCGAAUCAGGGGAGGGUGCUGGUGCCCGCGCCCAUCAGUCCCUUGUCUUCGCCCGUGCCAGCUUCAUACCCGCUCCUCGCUCCGCCGGCGCCUGCUCGCGCUCCCCGCAACGUGAGCUCGUCUGUGUACUCCAAGCCGUCGCAGGAGGAUGUGGCGUCCAGGUUCUCCGAGGAUUCGCAUGAGGCUGUCAACAAUGGCAACAGCAGCGGCAACACCGUCUGGCCUGCUCCCCUUUUUGCUUCUCCUGCUUCAGCUCCUGCUCAAGCUGCCCCUGCCGCCGCCGCUGGCGGUCCCGGCCCCUCGUCAUCAACUACGACUCCCCACCCGGAGUUCCAGGACAGAGGCGGUCCAAGCCAGAAGCCCGCCUACGUCGAACCGCCCUCUCAGAGCCGCUGGUCGCCUAGCACCCCUACCUCAGACGGGAGCGAUGAGGGCUUGACUACUCGGCUUGGCCAGCAAGUUGCGCAAGUCGGAGAGAAGCUGGCUGACAAGUGGAAGGAGACGAAGGAGAAGGGUUGGAAGGGUGUGAUGUUUGGUGGCGGUGCCGCAGGCUCGAAGGAGGAGAAGAGGCCAAGCAAGGAGGAGAAGGGUAAGGGCAAGGCCGAGAGGGCAGAGAUUGUGGUUGAUCCGGUUAAAAGGGGGGCUCCGGGCUGGAUUUGAGGGCUGACAUUGAUCAGCUUUCCCAAGAAGCCCUCACUCAGCUGUACGACCUACGGCUGGGUGUUGGCUUCUUGGGGGAAUUCGGUGGAAUUGAGGGAACAACAAAGGAAGAAAC